AUGUCGUCCUCGUUGUUUGAUCACCUCAAGAAAUCUCUUUCGAUGACGUUGACCCAUUUGUACCCUCUGGCCGGGAGGGUGAAGGAUGUGUUCACUCUCAGCUGCAACGACGACGGCGCAAUGUUCGUGGAGGCACGCGCCGUCGGGGUGGAUUUGUCCUCCGUUGUUGGCCACCCCAGAAUGGAGACCCUUUGUCGGCUGCUUCCUUGUAAUCCCGGAGAAUGGCCCAGCGAAGUGAAUGAGUAUGCCGUGCUAGCCGUCCAAGUUACUGAGUUUCGUUGCGGUGGAAUCGCCGUCGGCGCGUGCCUUUGGCACGGGAUCGCUGAUGCUUCCACCGCCGCCACGUUCUUGCAGACGUGGGCCACCAUAAGUAGGGAUGGGGACGACAGCAAAAUUGGCGGCGGGUUUGUGGUUGAUUGUAGUGGAAUCUUUGCUCCGCGGAGCGUGGAUGCGAACCAGACGGUUCCAUGGGACGGAGAAGCAGCGAGGGAAGGUCAACCCGUCACAAAAAGAUUCGUGUUCGAAGGAUCCAAGAUAGCGACACUGAGAAAAAAACUAGCCACCUCGUCCGGCGGAAUUAUAACGAGGAUCGAGGCCUUGACGGCGCUGAUAUGGGCGGCGUUCAUCGCCGCAUCUCGGGAAAGGAACAGAGACCUCAAACUACACCUCUUGGUAACCGCCGUCAACUUGCGGAACCGGAUGGUCCCGCCGCUGCCCCCCAACAGCAUCGGAAGCACUUUACACAUAGCUCUCGCGAAACUUGCGGCGGCGGAAGCCUCCGUGGACGAGUGCGGGUUGAGAGUGGCGGAGUCGAUACGGAGGGUGAAAGAUCCGCUGGUGAGGGCGGUGUACGGCGGCGGCGGGGCGGGAGCGCCGCCGGAGAGUCUAGCGGAGGCGAUGGAAAAGGGAAGUGAAAAAGUUGGCGCGGAAGAGGGUGUUGGGUGCUUGAUAACGACCAGCUGGUGUCGAUUCCCGUUUUAUGAAGCGGACAUGGGGUGGGGAAAGCCGGCGUGGGUGGCGAACGCGGCGGUGGGGAUGAAUACGGUGGUGUUCUUGGACACGGCGGACGGGGAGGGAGUAGAGGCGUGGGCGAAACUGAGAGAGGAGGACAUGUUUAGGCUGGAGCAGAACCAAGACUUUGCCACCUUAGUUUCCUUGACACAAACUGUAUGA